AUGAAUAUGUAUUUUAUCUAUUACUAUUUCUUGAUUUUAUUUUUUAUAAUGUCUUGGCAUUUAUGCUUAUCUUCCGAUAAGCUAAAAAAAACUAAUGUUAUUGUUCAUAAUAACAUAAGAACAAAUACAUUAAAAAAUAAUAAUAAUGAUAAUAAUACGAAUGAUAUAUUUGGUUUAAGCCCCUCGCAAGUACCAAAUUUAAUAGAUGAUGAAGGAGAAAAUCAAAUAAUUGAAGCAGUUAAAAAUUUUUCAGAUUUGACAAGAUCAACUAACAUACACCCUUCUUCUACUAUGAACUUUGAUGAUAUAAUUACAGAAAUCUCAAAAUUAAAAAAAAAAAAAUUAAAAAAAGAAAUGAAAAAUAAAUUAGAGCAAAAAACAAAACAUAACAAUAAUAAUAAUAAUAUUCAUUAUAAUAAUGAAAGUGAAAUAGAUACAUUCACACAAAAUAUUAAAACAAAUUCAAAUGAACUAAAAAAUGAAGAUUCAUCAAUUAGUCUUAGUACUAAUAAUAAUACGGUAGAUGAAUUAUUGAUAUACAAUAGUGACUCAGAAGAUGAUAUAGAUAUUCAUCUUGGUGAGCUUCAAUUAUAUUCUAGCAGUGAUGAAGACACAAGUGAUUAUGAAUAUGUUAAUGAUGAUUAUUACAAGGAUCUUAUUUUUUCAAAAGAUACAGAAGAACCAUAUAGUAUUUUAGAAGAUAGUGAAAAUAUAUCAUUAUCAUCAAUUAAAAAAUAUCUAUAUAGUCCUAUCGGAUCAUAUAAAAAAAAAAAUAUUAAUGUUUUUGAAAAUUUUAAAAUGACAAGAAGUUAUGAUGAAUUUCUUAAAAUCUUUAAUUUAAAUGAUUCAUCAUCUUAUGAAGAAUAUGAAUUAUUACCAGGAGAACCUUUUAAGCUUAAUUGUUACUAUUAUAGAGAUGCAAAAUAUGAAAAUGUUAAAAAAUAUAUAUUUAAAGAAAUUUAUGAUAAUAUUCAAAAUCUAAGCAAAGAAAAUAAAAUACUUGUGUCAGAAAAAGAGGAACUCUUUCAUUAUUUUAUCAAAAAUUUAUUGAGGAAUAAUUUUAUAUGCUUAUCUUAUGAAGAAGAAGAGAACUUAUUCAGUGAAUCUAAACUCUUACUAGAAGCUAUGAUAUACAAAAGAAUACAAUAA